CAACUUUUGCCUAUUCUUUUCUUCUUACUCUUUUCUUUCCCCACCCCCUUUUUUCGCUUGUUCAUUUUUUAUCAUGUGGAAUCCAGCGGUUGCAUCAUCGACAGCCGGUUAUCUUUCUAUCGCUUGUUGGCUUGUCGUUUUUACACCUCAAUUAUGGGAGAAUUAUCGACGACAGAGCGGUGACGGAUUGUCGCUGACAUUUCUUGUGAUAUGGUUAGCUGGUGAUAUUUUCAAUCUUGUAGGCGUCAUUCUCCAAGAUCUGCUGCCAACCAUGUUUCUUUUGGCAUUAUGGUACACGGUGGCGGAUAUGGGGCUCAUCUGGCAGGUGCUCUACUAUUAUCGGCGCUCGGAAACGAUGGGUGAUGAAGUCGUGUUUGUCAGCGAAUCUGCACCUUUACUUGGCCCCGAUCGUCGCGGACCUGCAUUCAAAAAUAACGACGAGCAUCAUACCAGCAAGCAUCACGGCUUGACCAAUGCGGUGGCCGGUUUCUCUAUUUUUUUGGUGACGGCCGUUUCCUGCUAUAUGUACUAUUCCAUUCACAGCAAUGCGGAUUAUGAUGGCGAUGCCAAAGAAUUUGCGUUAUUACCCCAGCUGUUUGGUUGGACGAGUGCUGUUUUGUAUGUCGGAAGCCGAAUACCGCAGAUCGUCAAGAAUUGGCGUAACAAGAGUACCGAAGGCUUAAGUUUUGGCAUGUUUGUUUGUGCUGUCCUGGGAAACAUUCUGUUUACCUCUUCGAUAUUUUUCCGUUCGACGGAUCCUCAAUACGUUUUAUUGAAUUUGUCAUGGAUCAUUGGCAGUUGUGGCACAUUGGUGUUUGAUUUCAUUAUUUUCCUUCAAUUCUUUAUUUAUGACCCACCGAAAUCCUCGCAAUAAGCCAACGAAAUACCCCAAUCUCUUCAAUCCUUUUUUUUUCCUCUUUACUCACUUUGCCAUUUUUUUAUUGAUGAGUUUUGUAUAUAUUUUUUUUAAAAAUUCUCUUUUUCUUUAUUUCUUUUUUCAUAAUGAUGAAAAUUAGAUGUUUCCAUUGGAUAUCAAACCAUGUGCGAAUCCUGCAUUUUAACCUUCGUUUACUGCAUGAUGCUGGAUGAGCUUUCACUGCAGGGUUAUAUAAAUCAACCAAAUUGAAAGGGAGCGUCUGCAUACGGAUAUGAAAAAUCAUAUUGUACAGAUCAAAGAAUAGCCAUCAAUCU